AUGGAAUCCUCAGGUCAGGAGAAUUCCGAGUAUGAAUCUCAGAUGGAUGCUGCCGGUGCACCUCCCCCGGAUAAGUCCGAUAACUGUCAUGAUUGUGAUGACAUUGAUGUUAAUGUUGAACUUAAGUUGGAGUUAGAGAGUGUACAACCCGAGGUUGAGGCAGCUAGCGCUAUGCGUGGAGCAGCUGAGUUAAUAGACGAAGAAAUCGAGCAAUUGAAGAGGUGGAUGCACACUCGUGAACACACCACCGAAGGAAUUCUGGACGAUCGAUUGGCCGUGGCCACUACCAGUUCCGAGUAA